CAGGACCCUAGAGACUAUAUGCCAACAUGUCGGUGGCGUACCGUCAGAUCAUCUUCAUGAACCGCCCGACGCUGGAGCGGGAGGUCCGAGUCGACCCCGUGGUGGACUACCUGGCAGAGAAGGGCACGCUGGGCCAGGCGCAGCAGUCGGAGCUGAGACGGAUCGGGACGUCGCGAGGCCGGCUGCUCAGGCUGUUGGACAUGUUGCCGGUCCUGGGGGACGAAGCCUUCCACGACUUCUGCGACGCCGUCAGACACGGGGCCGGGCAGCCCGACCUGGCCGCCGUCUUGGAGAGACCAGCGGAGAAAGUCAAAGUCCCCCGCGUCCCUCCGAUAGACAUGGCUGAGAUGCAGACGGAGGAGAGCGAGGAGGACAGCUUCAGGAGCACUCCAGAACCAAUCCGACCGAUGAUCAUCACGAACGGAAUCCGGCCCAGAAAGGGAGAACCCGUCCAGGUCUCCAAACUCGGCCACGCAGUCACUCUCAAAUGCAAAUUCUACCUGAAUCCACAUCUACCGCCCAGAAUAACGUGGCUGAAAGGUCGGAAACUGUCCACGGCAACAAUCAUCUUCGACGGGUUCUUCUACCGGUCCAACGCCCCCUACUCCCCGAGAGAGUUCACGCAAGCCUUCGGGGAAUAUGAGCAGAGGCUCCGCCUGGAUGAGCGGGAGUUCCCGGCCAUCACCCUGUACCAUGUCGGGCCCGAAGACGCGGAUAGGUACUGGUGUAGGGUGUCCGCCAAGAGGACCAUCACGGGGUCCGUGGUUCUACAAUGUUCAGACGACCCGGAGACCGUUGCCAGGCAGACGCCGCGGGAGAACUCGCCGGUGCCCCUGAGAGUGACGCCUCGGUCCCGCAGCGGCUCGCCCCCGCAGGGGUACGCCUUCAACGAGCGGGACAGGUGGAUCCAGACCGCGGACGAGACGUACCUCAACAGACGACGCUUUGCUGACCAACUGUGUUAAUGAAUGUUUUGUAGUUUAACAAAAUAUAUGUUCUUUGUUCUUUGGUGAAUAAGGAAAACAGGAUGAUCUCCAACGUAAUGGCUUUCAAAGCCAUCACACAUCAUUUUACGCCAAAAAGCAGUUACUCAAGCAACUGGAUAUGAUUUUGGAAAAGGUUAGACGUUUAAGACAGCCAUCCGGCUGCUUUCGUCACUGACAACUUGUACUUUUUAGUUGGUAUCCGUUGUACACACACUAGCAGUUUGGCUAGAAUGGUCAAAAGGAUACGUCUAACCUAACAUGAAUUACCACCCCUGCUAGUCACAUAGACUAUGAUUAUUCUAUUCUCUGUCUAGAUUUGAUGUAAUUUUGACAUAUGUCCAUAUUACUUACUCGAUUCCAGUACACUGUGUGCAUCUAACAGUUAGACUCCAGGCACAAAAGUAAUCCUAUUGCAGUCUUCUCUAAUCUAGUUUCUUCAGAUCUUCAAGCAAUGUUUUUGCUCUCCUUUAUAAUAUGUAUGAUCAGAAGAUAACAGACUGAAUGUGCCAUUUCUCUGUUUACUCGAUUAAGACAUUUUCAAUGGGAAAUA